UUUUUUCUUUAAAAAUAAAUGAAUUACGACUUGUGGAACAAUCCACUUUACACACACUGUAUAGAAUUUAUCUGUGAAUAUAAUGUUAAUUGUAAACAGUUGUAUACUUUAUUGUAAAUAGCCUAAAGUCCAUUCCAAGUCCAAGUCCAGGCAUUUCAAAUUUUAAACAUGGCUGUAAAUACAUUUAAAACGUUCUCAAAUUAAGUUACUAUGGCUGCUAAGGUAUUUCCUUUUUUUUUGCAUUUGAGUGAUAACCUUAUGAUUUUUAAAUAUCACAGGUGUUGUGAAGUUUAUUCAUUUCUAUAUUCACUUUUUUUCAGAUGUGUGACUUUAGACUAGUUUGUAUGUUGACUAUACCGUGAAGCUUUGUCAGCAACCAAUUUUAACUGAACCGUCAGGCCUGUCUCAGCUUUUUUUAGCGUGACAUGCAUGAUCCACAGGGCACAAAUGCAUCGCUGUCAUGCAGAUCGUGUGCUUUACAACUAAUGAGAUUAGACAUCCAACACUCCUCAGUUGGACUUGUCACUUCAACAUGAUAUAGCUGACAUGUUUAAGUGGCUUUAACUGUAAUAUCUGGACCCAUAAUCACUGUAGGAUCGCAGGAUUAUCAGCAUCCGUGCUGAAAAUGAUCUUAACUAAAUAGCCAGUAAAAGAUACACAUUUGUCAUAAGAUACAUCAUUUAUGUGUUUAUUAUAUCUAUACGUAAUAAUCCCCAGUAUUUUAGCAGGAGAUAAUAUUAUGAAGUGAAGCUGAAACAUAUAAUGCAGAUAUUGUCACACAAAGUGCAAGUGUAAAAACCAUUUCGCCUAAGUUCACACAUACUGAAAUGUGUGUUCAGGGUGUGUAUUUUUUGGGCCAUGUAGUCUCAGGGUGUGUGUUUGAUUAAAUUGUAGGACAGCAAGUGUUCUUAGUCAUAUGCAGUUUAACUUAAUGCUGAUUUUACAUUCAGAGAAGCCUGUGACAAUAUGCUACAUUAAAAUACAGAGUUGCUUUGUUCUCAGUUUUAUAAUGACGGCUAACACACAGACUUUUUAAUUAAGAGUUUCUCUUUGUAACCAGCUGUGAAAAGGGAGUAAGUGUGCUGUGGACUAGGGCACAAAACUCUGUAGGGCUUUCUUUGGCAUGUUUUAAAGUUUAAAAACAAUGUAAUGGGGAACAGGGAUUAAAUGUUACAAAAAAAAAAAAGGAGAGUUAACCUUUGAGAGAAAUGCCAAGCUGAACACGGUAUACGUGGUGAUUUCACUGGGAAUGUUCCUAACAGCCUUUUUCCCUGACAUUUAAAAACAGGAAGUUUAAACUCAGAAUAGUCAACUGUAGUAUAAAACUAAGAAAAUGCUUAGAUAAUUAGUGUAUAAUGUUAAAUUCUGUCGUAAAAAAACGUGCAUAUUCCAAGAGCAAUUUGAAACCACUGAGAUUACAUUCUUAAACAUCUUUAAGCUGGACAGACACAUCAGUUAAGCGGUGAUGUUAACAUUAGUAACAGAGGCUUGUUUUUUAGAAAGCAACAUUUGACUUUGAUAUGACAUUUGAGUGUCAAGAUGUCAGUAUGUAAUUUAAAUGUGUUGUAGCUACUUAAAGCCACCGAGGACCUGCUCAGACAGGCUAACAGCUGACGCACUCACAGUAGCACCACUUAGCAGUGUCUAGUAGAACAACACAGUCUGACUUCUGCUUUUCUUAGGUGGAAUAUUUACUGCUCAAGUGAUAAUAUGCAAAAAUCUGGAGCAACUGUCCAUAAAUCUCCAUAGAGCCGAACAUUUCACAGCAUAGCACUGACAUGCAAUCUGCUCAAAAACCUAUUUGUGCUCCUUCAUCACUAUCACCACUGAAACCCACAGACAAAACAACUGUAAAAGUAAUAUCCUGCUAUUUUCUCACACCAUCUCGCAGUUCAUGCAGUCCUUGCUAUUGUCUCGAUUACUGGCCAGCAGUCUGGUCAGGAACAGCUGCACAAGCUUUGGUUGAAGAUUUAAAACAAAGGCUUCUGGUUUUAUUCAGAAAUAUGACCAUGAGACAAGACAGGUUACAAAUCCUCAACCUAGAACUAAUGAAAUGAAAAAAACAGUUAAGUGUAGAGCCAUCUGGCAGUGGGAGAAUUUCCCAUACUUUAUUACACAUGCAACAAGUAAAGAUUUUUUUUUUCAUUUAAUUUAAAUUUUAGAUUCUCUUUUUGGUAUUGGAAAAUAUGUAGUUCACAGCAAACAAUAAGCAUAUGUAUGCAUAUGGGUAUGUGUAUGCAUACAUACAGAGAGAAAUAUAUAAAGUCUUAUACUGUUUAUUGAAAUUGUAUUUGUUGUUAUUGUUGUAAUGUUGAAUCUGUGGGGGGGUGGUGGUUAUAUAAUGUUUUAGGCCAAAAAGGUUUAAACAAACAACAGCACAACAGUUAGGUAAUUUUUACACUCAAUGCAGGUCUUCAAGUCAGGGGUGGUCCAGAGUCCAUAGAACCCUGAUUAUCCGUAUUUCUUCAUAAUCCUGUACGCCAGUAUUGAUCGUGCCUUUUUUCAAAGACGUGAUGAGCGUGCAGACUGUGAGCAAUUCACAGAGUUCAGAUAAGUGCAAGCAGCAGGGAUUUUAAAGCCAAAACUGCACGCAUCUUUCCUCAGACAGCCAUGUGUGCACGCGUUCACAUGUCUACAUGUUUCUGGCCCACCUCUGUGAUCUGAUAACCGACAAGAUGUUCUGCAUUCUGGUGUUUGCUAAUCUUAAGAAGAUCAAAGACAUCUGCGUGAUCAAAUCUCACCCAAAAUGUCUCGAAAAUAAGACUUACUUGUUCUUAUCAGGGCCAUAUGAAAUUUAAGAUUGCUCUCUUUGCUCUACUGGAAAUAGAAAAUUUAAUAUUAUCAUUCAUGGAAAAGUGUUUCAUGGUAACUUAACAGGCCUCAUUAACAUUAACAUUUCUAGACUCAUGAGAACUCUGAGGCCUUAAAUAUGUUCACAUACUUGACUGUUUAUGCAUUUAUUUUCUUCUUUGACUAUUCUCUUUAAUGUAACUUGACAAUGCGGACACUGAUCGACCAGUUUAAUCACUUGGCAAUUCAAAGGGAACUACAAUGGAUUACCUUUGAACCAGUAGCCUGCUUGAUAAAUACAUUAGGUAAACUGUCUCUAAGAGGGCCAAAGGGAAACAGAGAUAAUAUCAUCUACACUGUUUAUUUUAGGGGUGCACCUUAUUGGAUUUUUACCAAUAUCUGAAAUGCAAAUAUUUUCCAACUUCUUUCUGUUGUUGAUUGCCGAUGCUAGUAUCAACACAUGCACAUAUAUUUGUGAUGGCCUAGUGACAAAUGCAGUCAAAAAAUCCUUUUCAAAAUGUAAACAUUCACUGGGCAAGAUAAGAAAAUUACUCAGUCAAAGGUAUGUGACUUGUACACAUAAUUAAAGCAUCAUCUCAGCAGCAUCCCAUAGUGGCUGAAAUGUUCAUUCUGUCCCGAUGCUGAUGUUUCAUUUUAAAGCCUUGAUCGGUCGAUCCGUAUGACGUGUAGUUGUUACAGUUAAGCUAGUGAGUAACAAAGUAUAAAGUAACAAAAAUAUCUUACUAUUGCACAUUACGAUUUUUUAAUAUACUGAAGAACUUGUAAUAACCAGUGGAAGAGUAUAUAUUUAAAGUAUCAGGGAAAAUACUUAAAAAAAAGUAAUUGAAAAGUGAAAGUAACCACAUAAAUGAAUCAAAUCUAUCACACUUAACAGAUGAAUUAAUUUAGUUCAAUACCCAGUUUCUCUGGUAUUAUCCAUAACCCUAAUUUAACACAAAGUCAAAUCAGAAGCUUCUAAUUGUUUCUGUCUGUCAGCUUCUGUUUAUAUUUGUUUUUACAAUCAGUUAUUGUUUGUAGGCACAGCAAGGACUUGUUGUUAGAUGUCAGUUCCAAGAAAAUGAGAAACCUUGCUACGUUAUUGAAGAAGGCAUUAGGAAUCCUCGCCAUAAGGCUUAUCCCAUCUUUAUUGAACAGAAAGCCUAAUCAAUACGGCUGAGUAUAGCCGUGUCUGGGAUAAUAGGUGUAUUAUCUGAAACAGAUCGUGCAAUGUGUCUUACUUUGUGGGGCUACUGACAUUGAUUUUACAAAUGAUAGCCGCUCUCAUUGUAGGGGGAAAAAGUCUUAUUAUCAAAGUGUUUCUUAGAGAAAAUUGUUUUGUUUUUGAAAGAUUGCAGUACACAGUACAAAAUGUCAAUAAUGAGAAAAUAAAAAUUACAAUUAUAAUAUCUUGUAUUUUAAGAAUAGACACAGCUUCAAUUUUUUGUUAGCAUUGUUCUUAUCUUGUGCUUUAAAUAAAAUAAAAAUGUAAUUGAACUAAUCUUAAUCAGUUAUAGUGUUAGCAUGAUUAUAUGUAAAUAUGAAUAUAUGUAUAUUACAGACAAUACAGCCAACAAGAAACAUAGUUUAUACUUGUGGAUUUGAAAAUAAAUCUAAAUCAAGUUAGCACACUGUUAUUUAUUUAUUUAUUUUAAGUAACUCCCACCUUAAAAUAUUGUUAGGUGCUCAGUCGUUCAGUCGUCAAGACUGUAACAGGACGUGUUGCAGUCUUAAUGGUGAAAAGUCUCAGGCACAUGUGUAAAACAUAAAACAGUCAGUGUCAUAGCAUUCACUGAAUAGUUGACAGGAAUAAUUACAUGGCACUGACCUUAGUGCAGAUUCUAUUUAAAGUCCCCACAGGAUAAGAAAAGGGGUUAAUAAACAAAGGUUAAAGGUUAAACGGUUAGAAAAGGUAUCAAGGAUUGGAAAAUUAGUCAUUCUUACAUGAUAUGAGAACCUUCAGAAAAAGGCGUUUAAAGUUCAAGUGUAAUGUUUACUGGAAGUUUCCUUCGCUUUCUUUAGAAUUGUUCUGCGCUCGGUGGAUGUUAUUGGAUAGUGUUUACUGUAGGGCCAACACGCAAAGUCUUAAUCUGUGACUUCGCCGCUGUCUGUGGCACUUCGAGGAUUUGAGUGUAAGAUUAGAGCCCUACGUCGUCAUAAAUCUCUGCUUCCCCAUUCGGUUGGGCGGUGACGGGUGGGGCAGUUGCUAGGUGUAGUCUGUGCUCUGUGGAUUGGACUCUACAAGGUUUGCGCGUCUACGUAGGGUCAGCGUCUUUGAAGUUUUUUUCAGACCAGGAAACUUCUAAUUGUCGCAUUCACAUGGCUUGAUGCCUUCUUAGACCUAUUUUGUGUUUUUUAGAACCUGCUUUUCUUUUUAGAGAACAGACAGUUAACCCGUAACUUUUAUAUGGUGCUCUGCUGUGGCUGUCCAUGAUGAACUACUGCAUACCAGACGUGUAUGAGAUGCCUCACCCUGGGGUGGGAGGCUACACGGUGCAGGGCAGUGGGGACUGCAUAUACCCAGGCGAGGGGCCUGGAUAUGGAUACUGUGAACCCCAGCCACUGCACCAUCCUCCCUGCAUGGAGCAGGCUUGGCCAUCCAGUCAGCACUGCUCUUGCUCGUACGCUGGUGGCCCUCCUGUUUUUAAGAGCGAAUUUUGCAGCAUGGAGAUCCCUCUUAGUCAUUUCCACCAUCAGCCUGAAUAUUUCCCUGAGAUCAAACCUGACUUCUCCCACCUGCAGUGGAUACAGGAAGGGCAUAAGAAAGGUUACAUUCCAAGUUACCUGGAUAAGGAUGAGCUAUGUGUAGUGUGCGGGGACAAAGCCACAGGCUAUCACUAUCGCUGCAUUACCUGCGAAGGUUGCAAGGGUUUCUUUAGGCGAACAAUCCAGAAGAAUCUCAACCCAACCUACGCUUGUAAGUACGAGGGGAAAUGUGUCAUCGACAAGGUGACCAGAAACCAGUGUCAGGAAUGUCGCUUCAAGAAGUGCAUUGCGGUGGGAAUGGCUACCGACUUGGUGUUGGACAACAGCAAGAGGCUGGCCAAGCGGAAGCUAAUUGAGGAGAACCGGGAGCGCCGUCGGAAAGAGGAGCUGCAGAAGACGGUAUGGGACCGACUAGAGCCCACCCAGGAGGAGUGGGACCUCAUCCGUAUGGUGACUGAGGCCCAUAUGGCCACAAACGCCCAGGGCAACCACUGGAAGCAGAAGCGGAAAUUCCUGGUCGAGGAAGCUAUGCUUCUUAAUGAAAUAACAUGUAAUUUAUUCUAUACUUCUGACCAGAGUGCAGCGGGGGUGAAGGAAACUAAGCCUGAGGAUAUUGGUCAAGCGUCCAUGGUCAAUGCACCUGAAGGAAACAAAGUGGAUAUAGAAGCCUUUAGUCAGUUUACAAAAAUUAUCACCCCUGCCAUAACCCGAGUGGUGGACUUUGCCAAAAAACUGCCUAUGUUUUGUGAGCUGCCUUGUGAAGACCAGAUCAUCCUGUUGAAAGGUUGUUGCAUGGAGAUCAUGUCACUGCGAGCUGCCGUUCGCUAUGAUCCGGAGAGUGAGACCCUCACGCUAAACGGCGAGAUGGCAGUCACACGAGGUCAGCUUAAGAAUGGAGGUUUGGGCGUAGUCUCAGAUGCCAUCUUCGACCUUGGCGUGUCGCUCUCGUCCUUUAACUUGGAUGACUCUGAGGUGGCUCUUCUACAGGCUGUUAUCCUGCUUUCAUCCGAUCGGUCGGGUCUGACUAGCGUGGAGCGAAUCGAACGCUGCCAAGAGGAGUUCCUGCUGGCCUUUGAACAUUACAUCAACUACCGCAAACACAAAGUGGCGCAUUUCUGGCCCAAGCUGCUAAUGAAGGUGACAGACCUGCGGAUGAUCGGUGCCUGCCACGCCAGCCGAUUCCUUCACAUGAAAGUGGAGUGUCCCACUGAGCUAUUCCCUCCUCUCUUCCUGGAGGUCUUCGAGGACUGACCAGCGGAUUUUAAUGUAUGUAUGUGCGCGUGCAUGUAUGUAUGUGUGUAUGUGUGUGUGUGUGUAUGUGUGUGCACAUACGUCAGCGCCUGGGAACCCUGGUGGUCUCAGGGGUGGAACCAGCAGAAGGCCCGUCACAAUGAACUUUCUAUUAGCACUACUGAGUGUCACUUCAUUCCAUAGUUUAGGAGUAGCUCUCUGGUCUAGUUUUGGAUGGAACCAUUCCUUACAGUGCGGGUACAUGUGAAUAGCAUUUUUGUUUUUGUUUUUUUUUUUUUGUUGUUGUUUUUUUUUGUUUUUGUUUUUGUUCUUAUUGUUGUGGACAUAACCUCUCACCUCAGAUUUUACUGUAGAUUUUUUUUGUGUCGAUGAUUGUACAGUUGGCAUAAUGGUGAUUUUAUUAACACUUGUUCAUUCAUUAGAAACCAUGCAAAUGUAUUUUCCUUCCUUUACGUUAAAAAGUUAAAAUGGCUGCUUACCUGAUACACAAAACAAGACAUUGCUCGACUUUAUUGGACCCAUUUGUGGGUUAAGAUCAACUGUCAUGUAGUCAGUCAUCCAUCUAAUGGGUGUCUGAACUGUUCAGAUCCUCAUCAUCAUACUGUUACCUGACCCAGUAACUGCAACACUCAUUCUAAUGGAUCACAUCUCACAGGUCUUUGUAAGUCUCUGCAUAGUCUCACAUCAUUUAAGUUGAAAUGCUACAUUCCAGAGAUGUUGGAACAGUCAGAACUUUGCGAGAGAACAGCAAAUCAUGGCACAACUCAGGGUAAGAAGCUUGAGCAAGAGUUUGCAGCAUUGUCUUUACUGAGAAGCCGUUAUUGACAUUAUUGAUAUGGCAGCAUGCACUAUUAACACUACACAACAAUACUGUUAAACUUGUCUGUAAUCCUCAAAACACAGAAACAUUUUUCAGUACGGUGUGAGCAUAAUUUGCUCAGUACCUACCUUUGUGGUAAGUAGCUAAACACAAUUUUGAAAAGUGAACGUAUGCUGACAGUUGCUAAUGUGCUAUGCUAAUUGCCUAGCAAAGAUUACUAAAUAUCAUGGACAUGAUCUGUUGCGCUAUGACAGUAUAUUAAGGCCAUUGCAGAAUAAAAAAAAAUUCAAUUCAUAAAAUGAAAGGGGAUGAUUUAAAGAAGGCGGAAAAAAGCAUCCAAGUGAAUGCAAAGAUUUUUAUCUGAAACCUAAGUCCAAAAUAUGCAAGAAAAAUCUGUACGUUUCUUUGAACAAAAAACUUCUGAUAUAUGGUAUGUUCUUAUCUAUAGAGAGUGUCAAAUAAAGCACCAUUAAAAAAUCAAUUCUUAAUUUAAACACAACUUAACUUCCAUAGAACAUCUUGGAAUGAUCAGGUCCACAUUACAUUUUACACUGAAUUUGGACUGUUGGGGAUGUAUCACGCUGCUCUUGGAAGAAAAUAAGAAACAUAUGAAAUAUCAGGCAAACAUUGAUAAUUUUGGAAAGGGCUGCAACAUGGAUAGGAACUACGCAAUAUUUUUAAGUGGGUGCUACUGGAACGAGACAAAGGGCAUAAAUCAUGUUCUAGAAUGUGUUAAUAUUUGCCUGUCAAACAGAUAGAAACUGUUUGUCUGUGAUGCACAUAUGUGACAUAUGGGCAUUAUUUUUCACUAAAAUCCAAAACAGAUUAUAUACAACAAAUGCAGAACUGCAUUGAUAAAUCCAUUUGACUAUUUUGGCAGUUAAUCAUUUAAGUAAAAAUGCUAAAACAUUCUUUAGUUCCAGAUUCUGCAUUAUUAGCCUUAUGUGAUAGUGAAAUGAAUAUCUCUGGAAAACAAGUUUAUAAAACAACCAGCAAUUAACCAAUAAAUCUUUUUUAUUAUUAUUAUUAUUGUGCUAAACUGUGCUUCUUCCAUGGCCCUGAUAUGCUGUCAUAGCUGCAUGAGAAAAAAAACCUGGGCGAAUUAAGUCUUAUUUGUGUCCAUGGUUAUUGCUGUCUUUUAGCAAGCUGGACCGUUGUGACACACAAACAUUAUAAUACCAGCCUGCCUGCCGAUGAAUCAGACUUCCAACACUGAAAGAAAUGCAGCAGUAGCAUAAAAAUGACCUUGUUCAUCAUUGCCGGGGACUGGUCAGGGCUAACAAAAGCACAUAAUGACACUGAUGUCAGGAAAAGACAAUCAUAUAGUACUUGUUUUUGUGUAACAAUGCCACAUGCUGUGCCAAAACCAAGUGAAUGACGCCCUCCUUGUUGAAUCUCUGCAGGGCUUUCAUAGGGAUACCAAGAUUUUACUGGUCCUGCUUGUUAGUGCAUGCCACUCACACAGUUAGAGUUAUCUCUCUGACUCGUGUGUUAGUCCAGGUUAGCAGCUUCUACAUGUUUUCAUCUCAUGUUGCCGCACUAGUCCCACAUAUGAUGUUUUUGUUUUUGUUUUUGUUUUUUCAACAACUGUCUGGAAACAGGAGACAGUAUGGUGGAACAGUGACGUCAUGGUGCUAUGGUGGGUUGGCGAAAUGGCUGAUUGAGCUGUAGUGUUAUUUACAUGCAGAAAUGAACAAUACCUGUUUGUAUAACAGCCCACCACCCUUAUGAUGGCAUGCAUAUACACUAACACACAAACAUGCACAAAUGCAGUACAUACAGUAUACCUGUACACAUAUUGUACCCAUGCACAUAUGCAUAUAUGCAUGUGCCGGAUAAGAUAUGCGUCAGACGCCACCACUGUGACCGACUGGUGGGAUUUUGAGGCCAAGUUGAAUUUGGCUGGCUCAAAAACAGUAUGAUUCAUCGUCAGCGAGGUACACAGAAAAAGCUGGUGAGAUUGUGAAAAACGUAGCGCUCUUUCCUUUCUUUUAUUUUAGCCGGUAUGUUCUUUUUAUGUUGUUGCUCUAAAAGCCUCUUUAUUAUGGUAUUGUUGUUCGCAAUGUGACAGACAUUUGCUUUGUAUAUCUCGCUUAUUCGAGCUUCACACUACUCCUCAAAGCAGCUUGUGGUUUGUUUGUUUGUUUGUUUGUUUUUUUCUCUUUUUUCUGUGAAGUGAUGCCUUUUAUCAAAGCAAUAGACUUGCUGCAGUGUUUGAAUGACCCGGACCUCACACACACACCUCACAACUGUACAGAUUCAAAAUAAAUGCACAGACAAUCAGAGGGAGAGAAUGAAUGGGGUAAUAGGCACCCAGGCUCAGGCGACCCAGUCCACAUGCUGGGCAGUGCUGAGCCAGUGUCAUUUGGGCAAGUAACAAUGGCCAUGUUUGCAUGCACCCCGGUCGUUAGUCGUGUCGAGGUUAUCACCAUGUUAAGUCAUUUGCAAGAGCCUUCGAUAGCCUGUGACUGAUCCUGCCUGUCGCCGUUAAUAAACCAGUUAACAGAGUAAUCCUGGUAGAAGACAUACUUUAAAAAUCAAUCAAAAAUUACUUAUGCUUGAUAGAUAAAUUGAUCUAAAAUAGGAUUAGGGUGUGAAUGUCAGUUGCCACAGGCAGUGAAAAGAUGAACAGAGUGAAAAAAUGUAUUUGUUCAGUUAUCACAACCAGGGGCUGGUUGCACAAAUAUGCAUUAUGUUAGACUUACCUUUCCAAUCAAAUGGUCCCAGAAACUAAGCUCAGGAACUAAACGAGGACCUUCAAGUCCCAUUGGUGCGUGUGUGUUUGUUUUCCUUUGCCUCUGAAGAACCGACAUUCGCAAUUUAGAUCUGAAAAGCAUGAAAAAGUACGAUGAGAGCGUCAUCUGGUUGUCUUUUGUAAUUUACUGCCGCAUUUACCGCAUACUACUGUUUGAUGUUCUACCUUACUGGACUGGACCACAUUAAACACUUGCUCUCUUUUACCUCUUUUUAAAAAUUUUCUAAACUUUUUUUAGACUAGUCUCAGGAAUUCGGCUCCAUAAGGUUUUUUAAACAUUGAACGAAAUUCCCCUGCUAAGCCAUAAUAUCCUAGCAGUCCAAAUGUAAGCUGCACGUGUGCUGUAGCAGUCUGGAGGCUUGUGUUUGACCAGUUAGUGACUGUCAGUAUUUUAAGUGCACCCCGAGAACUGCUAGGUCAUUUAGAGGUCCAAUGUGUGGAUUUAGGGGCAGAAAUGAAAUAUAAUAUUCAUAAUAAUGUUAGUGUAUAAUCACCUGAAAGUAAGAAAUGCUGUGUUUAUUUUUUACCUUAGAACAAUGUUUCCCAACCUCAGCCACACCAAAGACUAUGCAUAGCUUUGUCUGCCCUGAUGUUGUCAGAUUUCGGCAUGAACUAAAAUCACACUCGCUCCAUAAUUUACCAAAAAAAAAGAAAAACUGUAUAGAAAACUCUUCAAAAGAGAUACUUUUGGUCUUUUCACAAAAACUGUAGUCUCCUUGUAUGUGAGCUCUCAACCUCUGUGACCUGCACUCUCAUUCAGUUUGGACAGGUGGCUAACUGUCUCGUCCUCGUUUUUCUUGCAGUCACAUUAUAAGUAUUUUUGUUGCUAUAUAAGCUAUUGAUUGGUACUUUUAACUCUAAAGUCAUCUAAAGUUAUCCACUUUAUGUCAGGCUAUUUCAGAGCUUUUCAUGCUUGACUUCAUUAACUCUUUGUUAUCCUCCGCUGUUUUGCCCCAAACAAACCCUCCAGCAGGUGGAUGUAGUGUGUGUGUAGCACAGUUUUUUUACGGCUUUCCUGCGGUCUUUCUUUUUUUUUCUUUCUUUUUUUUUUUAGCUUGCACGAAUCAACGUUUGCAGAAAAUCAUUUUGCGGAAAACCAUUUUCUUCCAUGAACUUGGAGUGAGGAAGUAAGGCUGCUGGGCCAAUGUAAGUUAAAGGAUUAGUGGGACCAAGAACUCUCCCUUUUUGUUUAUCAGCAGUGAAUUAUAAAAGUAAAAUUGCAACAAAAUCUCAGUCUGUGUUUAAAGAGCAUAAACAUUAGAUGGUUUUGUGAAACUGAAGAACUCUGAAGUCACUCUAGUGUGACCUAUAGUUAAACAUAAGUCAUACCCAAGGUAAGCCUGGGCAGCCAGCCCCAGGUUACAAAUUAGGAACUUUAAAGGCUAAUGUUUUCAAGUGAUUUAUAAGCCCUACUUCAAAAAAUACAAAUACAUAAAUUGACUUUUAAAGAUAAACUUACAAAGCCCACAUUCCAUUACAAAUGGAGUAAUAAACCAGACAAUGCAGCAGUGUUCUUUGGUUGUGACAUUUUCAUUUAAAAUGGGCACUAAGCACAAGUAUUUUUCAUUUCUAAGUUUUAUUUCCUAUUUAAAAGGAAAUGGACUCUUAGCAAAGUAAGCAACCAAAAUCUUAUCCCACCCUUAACCAAAAUUUAUACAGCAACCUCAACAUUGUAUUAACCUGUUUUUGUUGGUCAUUUGAUAGAGGAACUUUUAAACAGCUGAAAAUCACACUCAACUGACAAGUUAUGGCCUUAGAAAGACGAUGUAUUCUCAAACUAUUGCCUCUUUACACAUGCAGACAUGGAGUUAGCAUAAAUUUGGAGGUGUGUACCUGACCUGAUGAAUGUAAGUCUAAUAUUCACUCUUCCUCAACGAGAAAAAUAUCUGGCUCUUUAACUGCUGCUAAAUGCACUUCAUGUUCACCAGCUAGCCACUACCUUUGUUUGGAGUUUGAGGAGGAGGAGGUAGUGUACAGUUGAUUCAUUUGAGCAUUAUGCUGAAAGCAAUUACCCGAUAAAAGAGUUGUUGAGACAGCUGAGGAAGAGUUUAAACAGAACAGUACA